CCGAUAUCAAAGACAAACUCAUGGAAUACGUCUACAAUAAACUGCCGGCGAAAGUGAAACUCUUGAGGACACCGGAGAGGGCGGGCCUUAUCAGAGCGCGUAUGUUCGGCGCCCACCACUCGUCGGGUCAGGUCCUGGUCUUUCUGGACAGUCAUUGCGAGGCAAACGUGAAUUGGUUGACACCACUGGUCACCCGAAUACACGAGAACCGCACGACUGUUGUCUGUCCUAUCAUUGACAUCAUUAACGCCAACACUUUUGAGUACACGUCCUCUCCAUUAGUGAAGGGAGGCUUCAAUUGGGGUCUUCACUUCAAAUGGGAUUCGGUUCCCCACCAUAUGCUCGAAACGAAAGCCGAUUUUAUAAAACCCAUACCUUCGCCAACAAUGGCCGGCGGACUCUUCGCCAUUGACCGCAACUAUUACUUCGAAAUGGGAGAGUAUGACAGAGGAAUGGAUAUAUGGGGCGGAGAGAAUCUCGAGAUAUCAUUUCGUAUCUGGUUAUGCGGCGGACGACUGGAGAUAAUGCCCUGCUCUCGAGUGGGACACGUGUUCCGACAGCGGCGGCCAUACGGCUCGCCCACCGGUGAGGACACGUUGACAUACAAUUCGUUACGUGUGGCCCACGUAUGGAUGGAUGACUACAAAAAAUUUUAUCUCAAUCAAAGACCCGACGCUAUCAACAAAUCGUACGGCGAUAUCGCGGACAGAGUACAGCUCAGGCAGAAGUUGAACUGCACUUCAUUUGAGUGGUACCUGAAGAACGUAUACCCGGAGCUGCGGCUGCCGUCGCCUAAAGAGGACUUAGAGGAGCGCCGGAAAGCCAUCAAAGCCAAGAUGAAGGCGAAGAAUGGCCACAAAAACGAGCGAUUGGUUGCCCGAAAAAUGCCCAAAAUUGUGGACAAAUACUUAAUACAGUUGUCGGGAACGGAUCUAUGCGUUGAGUCGGAAUCGGAGGCCACGUAUAAGGGCUCGAAGUUAAUGCUGCAAAAGUGCGCUCAAAUACGUCGACAGCUUUGGUACGAAACGGCCAAACAUGACAUGAGAUUAGGACAGAAACUAUGUCUGGAUUCGGACGACAAAUACCCCCAUUUGGCCAAAUGUCACGAAAUGGGCGGCACUCAGGACUGGAACCAUUCGGCAAAGAAAAACACAGCCAUCUAUUCCAUGGCUGCGGGCCUUUGUUUGGGCGCUAAACGAGAGUCGGCCGGAGAUUAUGUGAUAAUGUCUUUGUGUAACUCCGAUGACAGUCGCAAAUGG